AAAAAGAAGAAAGGAAGAGUGGUUUUUAUGAGACAAAAGGAUUUUUAUAAUUUUUAAAGUUUGUUUAUUUUAAUGCAUAGAGUUUCACAUCGGACAGCAAAUAAGCUUUUGUUACUUUGGGAUAAAUGGAGGGUCCUUAGCUUUCUCUCUGAAAAAAAAAAAAAAAUCUCUACUUUGCUUGAUUCUAAGUAAAACUCAAACCAAAAAAGCAACAAAAUUUUGGAAGAGUUUGAUUUUGAUCUUCUUCUUCAGUUUCUGAUCCACGAAUCCAAUCAGGCUGUGAAGUAUUGAGGGUGUGUCGUUUUUUGAAUUCUGAUGUCUCCGCCGCUGCUUGGCGUGGAGGAGGAAGGGGGUCCGAGCAAUGUAACUUUACUGGGUUCUUCGGGCUCCAUGGAUAGUGUGUGCCAGAAAAGUUCUGAAUUGAAGGAACGCAACUACAUGGGCUUGUCUGAUUGUUCUUCCGUGGAUAGCUCUGUUGUGUCCCCUUCGUCUGAGGGAAGCAAGGCUAGUUUGAAUCUUAAGGCAACAGAGCUUAGGCUUGGGCUUCCUGGAUCCCAGUCACCUGAAAGAAAUCCGGAGCUUUGCUUAUUAAGCUCUGCUCAAUUUGAUGAGAAACCCCUCUUCCCUUUGCAUCCUUCAAGUGAUGGUCACUGCUCCUCAUCACAGAAGACUGUUGUUUCAGGCAACAAAAGAGGGUUCUCCGAUGCAAUGGAUGGGUUCUCUGAGGUUAAAUUUCAUUCUAAUUCAAAAGUAGAUGUGAUGCUGUCACCCAGACCUUCUUCGAACUUGGGACUGAAAUCAGGUUCUGUGCUUGAGAACCUUGGGGCUCAACCAACAAAAGCCAAAGAGAUCACGAAUCAGAAGGUGGUACAGGACAGGCCUCACGCUGUCAAUGAGACCAUGCCCAAUCCUAACACAUCUGCAAACAUUAACAGUGGAGCACCUGCUACCAAGGCACAGGUUGUAGGUUGGCCUCCUAUUCGGUCAUUCAGGAAGAACUCAUUGGCCUCUACUUCGAAGAACACUGAUGAAGUAGAUGGAAAGGCAGGGCCAGGUGCUCUGUUUGUUAAGGUCAGCAUGGAUGGUGCUCCUUAUUUGAGGAAAGUAGACUUGAAAAACUACUCUAAAUAUCAGGAGCUGUCUUCUGCUCUUGAGAAGAUGUUUAGUUGUUUUACCAUAGGUCAAUGUGGAUCUCAUGGAACCCUGGGUAGGGAGCUGCUGAGCGAAAGCAAGCUGAAGGAUCUGCUGCAUGGAUCAGAAUAUGUUCUUACUUAUGAGGAUAAAGAUGGUGACUGGAUGCUUGUGGGUGAUGUCCCAUGGGAGAUGUUUAUUGAUACCUGCAAAAGGCUGAGGAUCAUGAAAAGCUCUGAUGCCAUUGGACUCGCCCCCAGGGCCGUGGAAAAAUGCAGGAACCGGAACUAGCUACUGUUAUACAUGAUUUUUGCUAUCCGUGCAGCAGCCUUUCUGGAGAAGUAGAAGCACUUACAAGAUUCUUUCUGAAGAGAUGAGAGGAUGUUGGAGUGGGUAGGACAUCAUGUUUAUCUGCUUUCAUAUCUUUCUAUGUUUUAUCUUCCUUUCGCGAGGGAAUUCAUAUCAUGUAAGUCUUGUUUUUAGUUUACUAAAAGUUAUAAAACCAUCAAGGCCUAGCGUUUGUGAGUAAUUUUAAGAUUCAAUCAGUAUAAAAUCUGGACAAGUCCCUGUUCCCACGAAGGAUCUUCAGUUUGUAAAGUGCAUGGUUUGUUGAGCUUUUGUCUUGUGUGUUUUGUAUGGUGAAAGACCUCGACAUUAUCUGUAAUCCUGAACAUGAUUGAAUUAACUGUGUGUUAUUCUGCUUAAC